UUUUUUUUUACGCUGACACUAUCAUUUCGGGUGGAGUAUAAACUGCCUCUUUCCACAUUUUUCUUGGGCGAUUUUCAAAUCUUUACAUCAUACCAUAUUAGAACCUUUCACAAUGUCCGCCGACGCAGAGAACCAGGCCAAUGGCGAGUCGCAGUUCCAGAAGCCUAGCGACUUGGUGGAGAGAAAUGAGGAUACCGGAGUCAUGUCGCUCGAGAGUCUCUGCAUGAACUGUCAUGAGAAUGGCAUGACCAAACUGCUGCUUCUUCGAGUUCCCUUCUUCCGCGACAUCAUCCUCGAGUCCUUCGAAUGCGAACACUGCCACUUCAAAGACAACUCGGUCAAGGCCGCCGGUCAGAUCCAAGAGAAGGGAUCGAAAUACACGCUGGAGGUGGAGGACGAAAAUGACAUGCGACGCCAGGUCAUCAGGAGCGACACGUCGAUCUUCAAGCUGGAAACGCUCGGCAUCGAGAUGCCCAAGGGCGAGAGUCAAAUGACGACCGUCGAGGGAGUCCUUCAGAGGAUCCACGAGUCGCUCUCUAGCGAGCAACCGUUGCGCAAAGAGCAGGCUCCUGAGCUGCACGACGCUCUCGAACCGAUCAUCCAGAAGCUGCAGAAGAUCAUCGACAGAGAAGGCUACCCCUUCACGAUCUCCCUGGAUGACCCGACGGGCAACUCGUGGAUUGCGCCGUCUGCCAAGGAGACCGGAAACAAGUACCGCCGCCGUGACUACCCCCGUACGCACGAACAGAACGAAGCGCUCGGCAUCGCGGGUGACGCCGAAGCGGUGCAGCACGAAGGCAAGGGUGGCGAGGAGAGCCUGGACGAUCUGGACAUCGUCGAAGGACAGCCGUACAGCCUUCCGUCCGAAUGCCCCGGGUGUGCCAAGGAGUGCAUGAUCAACAUGAAGAAGGUCAACAUCCCGUACUUCAAGGAGGUCUAUCUCUUCGGAACCGUGUGCGACCACUGCGGAUACCGCACGAGCGACGUCAAGACGGGCGGCGAGGUCCCCGAAAAGGGCAAGCGGAUCACGCUCACCGUGGACACCGUCGUCGACCUCCACCGCGAUAUCCUCAAGUCCGACAGCUGCGCGCUCCACAGCGACGAACUCGAAGUCACGGUGCAGCCCGGCACCCUGGGCGGUCGCUUCACGACCGUUGAAGGCCUGCUGACCGAGAUCCGCGACCAGCUCCACGGCCAGAUCUUCGACGUCGACGACUCCACCAGCGCUGGCGGCGACAGCAUGGCCGGCUCCGACAAGGAGAAGUGGAAGCGCUUCUUCGACCGCCUCGACGCCGCCAUCAAGGGAGAUCUGAAGUUCGUCAUCACUCUCGAGGAUCCCAUGGCCAGCAGCUACGUGCAGGAUCUGUGUGCUCCUGCGCGUGACGAGAAGAUCACGAUCGAGGAGUACACGCGGACAGACGAGGAGGAGGAAGAGCUGGGCUUGAAGGAUAUGAAGGUCGAGGGGUACGAAGAGGAGGCAGCUGACGAGCAGAAGGCAUGAUCAUUCUACUUACUGCACAUGAGAUCGGUCUGGAUCUCACGGGCUGAUUUAUGAAGUUUUCCCCCUUUACGACGUUUGCAAAUUUUCCUAACGGCUGUUCUAAUCUUUCUGUUUCUUUCCCUUUAUGUUUCUUUUUGUGUUCGAUAUCCGGUCAUGGAUGAUUAUGAGAUUGUGGCUUAUGUGAUCCCCUUGGGUUUUGAGGUGUAUUUGUGAUAUGACGGUGAUACACGAAAAAGUUUGAUAUCAGCUGAUGCAGUAUUCAGCUUUAUAGACGUGGAUUCUUCAUGAGGUCAUUAAUGACAUUAGUUUUUACA